ACAAUAACAACGACAGCAACAAGACGACGGUAAAUAACACGAAGACAGAAUAGACAUAUUCCUGCUUGUGGGUCCACGUUAAAACAGAUCACCGGACUUGUUUCACUGCAUCACUGCAUGACGUUAUUUCAGAACCUGUUCCAGAAAUCGUUUCGGAACUAGUUCAAGAUCUUUGUUCUUUGAACUUGUUCCUGAACUCGUUUCAAAACUCGUUAAAAAAUGGGUGCUACAGGGAGCAAGAAAAUUAAACCAAAUCUGGUCGCCAUAAAGCAACGGAAUCAGCAUUUCUGUUACGUAGACCCCGUAUUUCAAAACGACAGGUUACGUUCUUUAAACUUCCACCCAGAUGAUGUCGAUGAAGUUUUAACCACACAACCUAAGGCAGCGUUGUCUCCUCUUGAGGUGCAAGAAUUAGAUGAUUUGGAUGAUGUUGAAUUCCCGUAUGAAAACAUCGUGUUUGAAGGUGGAGGGAGUCAAGGCAUGGCUUACAUGGGAGCAGUGACGGAACUAGAUCGGUUGGGCCACUUGAAGAAGUUACGUCGUUACGCAGGGGCUAGCAUCGGAGCAGUGACAGCUUCUUUACUGGCAUUGGGACAUAGUGCCGAGAGUCUUCACGAAGAACUCAAAACUGCUCCCACGAUGGAAGCGUUUUUAGAUGCUGGGUGCGGAGUUUGUAGUCUGAUUCCAAACGUGAUAAGCUCCCUUGGGUGGCAUCCAGGUAAAACUGCAUUCGAUUGGUAUGGAAGUAUAAUACAGACCAAGUUGGACAACCCUGAUGCUACAUUCAAAGAUCUUUAUGACAAGACCGGUAAAGAACUGUGUAUCGUGGUAACCAACUUGAGUCUGAAGAUGGAAGAGUACUGCCAUGUCAAGACUACUCCCAAUCUACCGAUCAGGAUAGCGAUUAGGAUGUCCACGUCACUUCCAGGUGUGUAUUACCCAUUCCAGAAAGUGACCGGUGAACGCAAAGAUCUUUAUGUAGACGGAGGAUUAAUCUGUAACUACCCAGUACAUUGCUUCGAUGGAUGGUGGUUGUCUAUGAAACCAGAAGACUCCUUUCUGAAGAGGAUGCAACCUCUUACAGAUGUCGGCAGACUGAUGAUGAAGAAGGAGAGAUUUGGAACGUUCAACGAGAAGACAUUCGGACUCAUCAUUUUCAGUGACCAUGAUCACCACGUGUUAUACGCGAACCCAGACUUGAUCGCUCGUCCGACAGUUAUACCGGAUACAGUAUUAGGGAGGUCGUACAAGAAAGUGAUGAAGGAGCGGGAAGAUAAUAUUAGACGACAUACGGUGGUGACAGAGGCUAUGUCCCAGUUUCUUAAAGUUAUCAAUGAUCAUAACCUCGACGGUAAUGCUACGAUCAACAUGAGCGAAUUUGAGCAAGCAAUUACGAAAACGGCUGAAUUCACCGCUGCACAUAGUAAAGCUUUGUUUGGUAGUCAUCUAUCAUCACCCGGCGAAAUAUUCUCUGCUUUAGAUGUCAACGACGAUGGAGAGAUUGACUACCAUGAGAUGAUGGCGAUGGCUGAGAGUCGUGGUGCUGGCAUAGAGAGUCAAAUCAUAGGCGCAGGCUGGACUAGCAUCAACAAACCACAGAACAUCAUUGACUGCGUGUUUCGGACGCUUCUUAUGAAUGUUAAGAGAGCCUUUCUAGAGAGUGAUGACAAUGAGCGUACAGUGAUGAUUAAUACAGCUUACAUUAAGUCAAUGGACGUGGAGGCGGCACCAGAGGAUAUAGAGUUUUUGAUUGAGCAAGGGCGAGAGAGUCUCCUUUUGUUUCUGAGGUACCUAAGGAAGAAACAAAAUGUGAAGAAAAUAACCGUUGAGGAAUGCAACACCCAGCUGACAUAGCAACUCAUCAGCCGGGAUGUUUCAGCGAUUCAUACAAUUGGUUCCCGGGAAUCGGUGGACUACGUCGCAUUUUAUUGAUGAAUGUCAUGAACAUUAUUUCAAGUCCUUAUCGAAUCAAGGAGGUUUAAGAGCUGGAGUCCCAAUCGGCAACACAUUAUGCGAAGCAGCCGCCGGUUUGUAAUUUAAUAUAUUACGGUAAAAUUGUGAUAUCAAAGCUUUUAUAUGUGUUGCAAACUACUUUUGUUGCGACUGCUAUUCCAAUACCAUAUUCCUUUGUUAAACAAAUAAAUAAGAUGAUGUUUUUAUUUUUACGAGGGUCUAUUAAGAAAGAGAAAAUAUAGAGAAAUGUAUGUUUGAAUAAAAUUACUGGAAAGGGUUUAGGUACGGUUGAUUUUCAGGCAAAAGUUGGUUCUCUGCGACUUUCUUGGACAAGGAGAUUUGUUGACUCUGGGAAAGCUGCAUGGAUUUGUUUGUUUCCUACUGGUUAAAUAGAGUAGGUGGAAUUCCAUUGGUGCUUCAGUUUAAUUGUAAUAACAGAGACAUGGAGAAACUUUGUCGAAUGCCUGUGAUAUCCCUUUUUACUUUGUACUUGGUCAGAAUAGAUAUGUAAAUACACCCUAAUCACCCAUGGUUACAAAUGUUGAAAAUGAAAUAUUAUGGAAUAAUAGUAGUAUUACUUCUGGUAACCAGGUAUUGCAUUUCAAGUUAUGGGGAAAAAGUUGGGAUUUACAGAAUCACAUGUUUUUAGUCAAGGACAUUGGAAUGAUGUGAAUUCAAUGUGUCAAAAUAAAAUAAGUUUCCAAAAUUGUUGUUUUCUUUCAACUUUUCAAAGGUAAAGAAAGGCUUUCCAAACUUGUGAGUUGAUCCUUUACGUAAUGGUUUGUAUCAAACUUUUAACCAAUAUCAACUGGUGAUGAUAUCAAUAUCAAUAAUAAAUAUGAAGGCUAAACAGUUCUACUUAUUCUUUGUACAGAAAAAACAUGAAGAAUAUUUUGUAUACAAUGCUUGGCAGCAACGAUUAGUACUGCCCUCCGAUCCGGUACUAAUGUUUAAGUUUAAUGCUAUACGAGAUUACAUAAUCAAACAAUUUAAUUUUAAACUUUUGCAUAUGUUUUUACCGUCAAGAUAAAACUCAUAUGAAUGGAAAAUUAAAAAUGAUUAUGUAAGUGAAGAUUACGAAACCAUUAAAACAUCACGGCUUAUGAUGCUAUAGAGUGUAAAAUAUAUAAUUGUGUUUUGGAAAAUUGUAACACAUUUGAUGUAUCAUCUUUUGGGGUUAGAUAUUUACAUGAAUGAGAAGAGUUGAGUAACUGGAUAUGAUAUAGGAAAGUUAGACAAUUACUUGGUAAACAUUUUGAUUAAUUUUGCUGAAUACGUUAUUUAUAAUAACUACGCUAAACAUUUGAAAAUAAAAAGCAAAAUGAAUGGUAGAAAUCUUUCAACUGAUUUGAAGUAUGAGUUAUAUUCACAUUUGAAUUCUCAAACAAAAGCAAAGGUUAAUGAAAAACAGGUAAAAGCUUUGACUGACAUGCUAAGAUAAUGCUUUAAUUGUAUUGUACUGUAUAAAUUAUGUUAUUGUGAAAGUUGUAGAUAUGUGAAAUAACAAAGUUCCCUGAAAGGGCUAAAAAGAAAGAAAAAA